CUCGCUCUCUCCGUUCGUCUCUCGCAAAAAGAAUAGCCACUCAAGCCGCACGAUCUAGCUCAAAAAGAUCCAGAGCCAGCUCCGAGGCUUGAGAUAUAAACUUGUAUAUCUACAUCGAUCCGGAGAUCGAUCGUCGAUGGGGAACUGCAACUGUUUCAAGUCGCAGCGCGCCGCCGCGUCGUGGGUGGAUGACGACGAGUGGGUGGUGGACGUGGAGGAGGAGGGGAAUAGUGCGGCCGCCGAGAAGGUGGAUCAGCGGGUGGAGGUGAAGAUCAGGGUGACCAAGAGGCAGGUCCAGGAGCUGCUGCAGAAAGCAGGGCUAGACGGCAUGGGGGCAUGGACGGAGCAGGUGCUCGCGGAGCUGAUCAACUCUGGCACGGUGUGCUGCGACCAGCCCGAGGCUAGGGGGCACUGGAGGCCGUCGCUGCAGAGCAUCUCCGAAGGCGAGGAGGCCCAUUUCUCUUGAUUCUGAAUUUCUGAUGUGCAUAUAUAGUUGCAGUAGGAGUACAUAGGUUUUUUAGAUAGAGAUUCUGUUCGGAGAUGUACACGCUGCAAAAAUGCCAUGAGUUUCUGCAGUUUCAUUUGUGGAAACCUCUUAUAUUUGCUUC